AGAUGACUGUGGCAGAAACAACUGCAAGGCCAUUUCAUGCCCCCAGAGCUAUGGUGGCAGGACUCCGCGUGGGAGGAGGCCAAUCCCUAAAAUCCCUGGGGAUCACUGGCAGGGAGUCACUCCACCUAACCGUCCCACCUCUCGGGGCGUGGCCUUACCCCAGGCCAUUCCUGGGAAGGGGGCGGGCCGGGGGAAGUGUCGGCCCCACCCCCUAAGGAGUCACGUAGCUCUGCGGCAGCAUCCGCAGCCUCAUUUACUCCAGCCCAGACCGAGCCGCUGGCUGUUGCCGAGCUGUUCCAGAGUUGAGCCUGUGGCAGCUGCUCCUAACUGGCUACGCUUGCAGGGAAUUGUCACCAUGCCCCACUCGUACCCAGCCCUUUCUGCUGAACAGAAGAAGGAAUUGUCUGAUAUCGCCCUGCGGAUCGUGGCCCCAGGCAAAGGCAUUCUGGCUGCAGAUGAGUCUGUAGGCAGCAUGGCCAAGCGCCUGAGCCAAAUUGGAGUGGAGAACACAGAGGAAAAUCGCCGGCUGUACCGCCAGGUCCUGUUCAGUGCUGAUGACCGUGUGAAGAAAUGCAUUGGAGGUGUCAUCUUCUUCCAUGAGACUCUGUAUCAGAAAGAUGACAAUGGUGUCCCCUUUGUCCGGACCAUCCAGGAUAAGGGCAUUGUUGUGGGCAUCAAGGUUGACAAGGGUGUGGUGCCUCUAGCUGGGACUGAUGGGGAAACCACCACUCAAGGGCUUGAUGGGCUCUCAGAACGCUGUGCCCAGUACAAGAAGGAUGGUGCCGAUUUUGCCAAAUGGCGGUGUGUUCUGAAAAUCAGUGAGCGCACACCCUCAGCACUGGCCAUUCUGGAGAAUGCCAAUGUGCUGGCCCGCUAUGCCAGCAUCUGCCAGCAGAAUGGCAUUGUGCCUAUUGUGGAACCUGAGAUCCUGCCUGAUGGGGACCAUGAUCUUAAACGUUGCCAGUAUGUUACAGAGAAGGUCCUAGCUGCUGUGUACAAGGCCCUGAGUGAUCAUCAUGUAUACCUGGAGGGUACGCUGCUCAAGCCUAAUAUGGUGACCCCUGGUCAUGCUUGUCCCAUCAAGUAUAGUCCAGAGGAGAUCGCCAUGGCAACUGUUACUGCCCUGCGUCGCACUGUGCCCCCGGCUGUCCCAGGAGUGACCUUCCUGUCUGGGGGUCAGAGCGAGGAAGAAGCAUCACUUAACCUCAACGCCAUAAAUCGCUGCCCACUUCCCCGGCCCUGGGCCCUCACCUUCUCCUAUGGACGUGCCCUGCAGGCAUCUGCACUCAAUACGUGGCGAGGGCAAAGGGACAAUGCUGGGGCCGCUACUGAGGAGUUCGUCAAGCGGGCUGAGGUGAAUGGGCUUGCAGCCCAGGGCCAAUAUGAAGGCAGUGGAGAAGACGGUGGAGCAGCAGCCCAGUCCCUCUACAUUGCCAACCAUGCUUACUGAGAUGUGCUUCUUUAUACCACAGCCCUCGGCCCAGCAGUCUGUAGUCAUGGCCAGGGCCAAAUAGCCAUGCAGAAAAGAGAUGCCUUCACCUCACACCAUGUUAUCUUCUUUUUCUUUCCUUCUCUCCCCUCUCCCACUGCUGUACCAGAGACCACAGGAUGGGAGAAUAGGGGAACCCUCUGUCUGAAGGCGGAAGAACUUGCAAGAGGUUGCAGCAGGGUGUGUGGGUCUCUCCAGUGCCUCUGUCAACCCUCACAGUUUCCCCUUGAUGGUGUAGCUUCUCCUUGGGCUCUCCUUGCUAGCCUUCUCUCCUGGGAUCAGAAGAAGGCACAGCAGCCCAGACUCAUUUCAUUGAGAACAUAGCAAAUAAAUGGUAGCAAAACAUG